AUGAAAAACAUAGAUUCCAUCAAAGGUUGCAGAAUAGAUGAGAACCACUUCGACUUAGAAAAAUAUAGCACGUUUUACUGCAAACAAGAUGUAAGAAUUUUAAGAGAAGGUUUUGUAAAGUUCCGCAAUGACUUAUUGAAAGAGUUUGAUUUAAACGUUUAUGACUACGUUAGUAUUUGUUCAAUUGCUAACAAAUUGUUUGAGAACAGAGUAUACUUCCCGAAUGGAAAUCUUUAUGACCUCUCAAAUAAACCAAGAGAAUUUAUUUCGAGAUGCAUUCAAGGUGGAAGAUGUAUGUUGUCAGAUAACAUGAAACAAAAGAGCAAAAAGAAACUCAUUGCUGACUUCGACACUGUUUCAUUAUAUCCUUCAGCUAUAGCAAGACUUUAUACUUUAGAAGGUAUUCCAAAAGUAUUGAAGGAAGAAAUGUUAAACACAGAGUAUCUCAUGAGACAUUUAUUCGAUGAUGACCAAAAGGAACCCAUUGGUGAAAAGUUUAUGUCUGGCUUCUUUGUUCUCAUUAAGAUAACAGAGAUUG